AUGAAGAAGGACUUUUGUUUACAUGGCAUUCUGCUAUGCCUGGGGAUUGCAUACUGUAGUCACGUCUCAUCGACGCGGAGGAGCAGUAAGUUAAGGCAGUCUUAUCACGGACACCAUGAAAAGGGCAAAGAAGGGCAAGUAUUACACAGAUCCAAGAGGGGAUGGGUAUGGAACCAGUUUUUUGUAAUAGAGGAAUACACCGGACCAGAUCCUGUGCUUGUUGGACGGCUACAUUCCGAUGUGGACUCCGGGGACGGGAAGAUUAAGUACAUACUCUCAGGGGAAGGCGCUGGGACCAUUUUUGUUAUCGAUGACAAAUCAGGGAAUAUUCAUGCAACCAAGACCUUGGACCGGGAAGAACGGGCCCAGUAUACGUUAAUGGCACAGGCGGUGGACCGGGAAACAAAUAAGCCCUUGGAACCCCCUUCGGAAUUUAUUGUGAAAGUCCAGGAUAUAAAUGACAACCCUCCAGAGUUCCUACAUGAAAACUACCAUGCAAAUGUGCCGGAGAUGUCUAGUGUGGGUACAUCGGUAAUCCAGGUCACGGCCUCAGAUGCGGACGACCCUACGUAUGGAAACAGCGCUAAGCUAGUCUACAGCAUUCUCGAAGGACAACCUUAUUUCUCAGUGGAAGCACAGACAGGAAUCAUCAGGACGGCACUUCCAAAUAUGGACAGAGAAGCCAAGGAGCAAUACCAUGUUGUCAUUCAAGCAAAAGACAUGGGAGGUCAUAUGGGUGGACUCUCAGGGACAACCAAAGUGACAAUAACUUUGACAGAUGUCAAUGACAACCCACCAAAGUUCCCUCAAAGUGCGUACCCUAUGUCAAUAUCAGAGGCAGCUGUUCUGGGCGAUGAGGUGGGACGCCUAAAAGCCAAAGAUCCAGACUUGGAAGAGAAUGGAGCCAUUAAGUAUCGUAUUCUAGAUGGAGAUGGAGCAGAUGUAUUUGAAAUCACAACGGACUAUCAAACUCAGGAGGGAGUUGUCAAACUCAGAAAGACAGUAGAUUACGAGGAAAAAAAGUUCUACAGUUUGAAAGUGGAGGCUGCUAAUAUCCAUAUAGAUCCUCGAUUCCUCAGCCGAGGGCCUUUCAAAGACACUGCCACUGUGAAAAUUACUAUAGAAGAUGCUGAUGAACCACCGAUGUUUAUGAACCCAAGCUACAACUUUGAAGUCUUCGAGAAUGCUCCAGCAGACACGAUUGUUGGAAGAGUUCAUGCCAAGGACCCUGAUGCAGCAAAUGUUCCUGUAAAGUAUUCAAUCGAUCGGCACACUGACCUUGACAGAUUUUUCAACAUCCAAGAGGAUGGUUACAUCAAAACCACAAAGGCUUUGGACAGAGAGAGGAGAAAGACUGGCACAACAUCUCUGUGAUAGCAACUGAAGCCUCCCAUAAUGCUUUUUCCAGAAGAGUGCCUGUAUCAAUUAAGGUCUUGGACAGGAAUGAUAAUGCUCCCGAAUUUCCUGAGCCCUAUGAGGCGGCUGUUUGUGAAAAUGCACCAAUGAACAAGAAUGUUUUAAAAAUAACAGCAAUUGAUAAAGACGACACAGCCAAUGGAGCUCGAUUCUCAUUCAACUUUCCGCAAGAACAUGCGCAUACGAAUUCAAAUUUUACCUUAAGAGACCAUAGAGAUAACACAGCAACCCUGCACAUUGGACGAGUAUCUUUCAGUCGUCAGAAACAGAAAAUGCAUUUGCUUCCUAUUGUGAUCAGUGAUGGAGGAAUUCCAGCAAUGACCAGUACCAAUACCCUCACCAUCCGGAUCUGCAGCUGUAACAGUGACGAGAGUGUCAUUUCUUGUAAUGACGAACCACUAUCGCUGAAUGCAGGGCUCAGCACAGGAGCAUUGAUAGCCAUUCUGGCCUGUAUUGUCAUUUUAUUAGUGAUUGUGGUGUUAUUUGUUGCAUUGCGGAGAGAAAAGAAGGAACCUCUGAUUGUAUUUGAGGAGGAAGAUAUCCGUGAAAACAUAAUAACAUACGACGACGAGGGUGGAGGAGAGGAAGACACUGAAGCUUUCGACAUUGCCACUUUGCAAAAUCCUGAUGGAAUUAAUGGGUUUAUUCCACGAAAAGACAUCAAGCCUGAAUAUCAAUACGCACCACGAGAUCUUGGAAUAAGACCGGCUCCGAACAGCGUUGACGUUGAUGAUUUCAUCAACACAAGAAUACACGAAGCUGACAAUGAUCCAACAGCACCUCCUUACGAUUCCAUCCAAAUCUAUGGAUACGAAGGGAGAGGAUCCGUGGCGGGCUCUCUCAGCUCUUUAGAAUCCGCCUCGACAGAUUCGGACCUGGACUAUGAUUAUCUACAAAACUGGGGACCUCGAUUUAAGAAACUAGCAGACUUAUAUGGCUCCAAAGACACUUGCGAAGAUGAUUCUUAA